GUCGUUCCGUCUGAUAUAACUCCUCGGUGUAAAUGAGCGGCUGGCAGCUGGAGCCCGACCGCCUCUGAAAAGGACCGGCAUGACGCUGCUGGACGAGCGGAUCUGGUCGCUGUUCAAGCGCCACUGGCGGCAAACUCUCACCUACUGGAGUGCGUUCUUCAGCUUCGGCCUGUGCAUCGCCUUCCUGGGACCCACCGUCCUGGACCUGAGGUGUCAGACCCAGUCCACGCUGCAGCAGAUCACCUGGGUCUUCUUCUCCCAGCAGUUCUUCCUGCUGGUGGGCAGCAGCCUGGGAGGACUCUUCAAGAAGACACUCCCGUCCUCGCUCCUAGCCCUCUUCUGCUGCACUCUCAUCAUCUCGCUGGUGUUUGCCGUCAUACCCCUGUGUAACCAUGUGCUACUGCUCUCUGUCGCCAUGGCGAUUGCUGGCUUAGCCAUGGGGGUGAUUGACACAAUUGCCAACCUGCAGCUGGUGAAGCUGUACCAGAAGGACUCCGCCAUCUUCCUGCAGGCCUUGCAUUUCUUCAUAGGCCUGGGAGCUCUGGUCAGCCCCCUGGUGGCCGAUCCUUUUCUGGCAGAGGACUGCUGUGUCCUGGGUGCCAACUGGACCGCCAACUCGUCCUCGUCCUCUCCCUCAGACCUACAGCACCUCCGCAGCAGCCUGGCCGGGCACGGAGUGGCGAUAGGCAACAUCUCCCAGUAUCCUCUGCACACCGAUGGUGUCGUCGUUACACGGGUGUCGUACGCUUUCUGGAUCAUGGCUCUCAUCAAUCUCCCAGUACCAGCAGCAGUGCUCGCUUUGAUGUACCACGAGAGACUGCUGCCUUGCUCCGACAACAGUCAACGUCUGAUCGACAGAGACUCUCUGUCCAGUACCAGCCCCAGCCCGACCGGUGACAGUGGUCAAGGUCAUGGGAGUUUGUUUGGUUGCUGUAACCCUGCCAAACUCCGGGGCCGCCCUGCUUCUUUCUUCAUUCUCCAUGCAGUGGGUGGGGCCAUCCUCUUCAUCACUGAUGGCAUUGUAGGUUCUUACGCUGGCUUUGUCUACACCUACGCAGUGUCCCCUCCUCUGCUGAUGGGUCAUAAGACAGCUGGCUGUCUGGACAGUACAUUCUGGGCCUCCAUCACAGUAGGAAGACUGGCUUUCAUCUACCUGUCCUACAGAUACACAUCACCCAGGCUGCUCACCUUCAGUCUGGUAUGA